GUUAAUAAUCAAAAAUCUAUGAAUUUUUUUUCAUUGAAUGAAAUAAAAAACAAGAUCAACAAUUGAAAAAUUGAUGCAUGCAAUUCGUUACAAUCGUAAUGUUUAUCCUAAUAGUAAUAAGAAUUUUGUUAUUGGAAAUUGUUUCGAUUAUUCACGCGAUUCAUUAUUGAAUGAUUCCCAUGAUUAUCAUCAUCAUCAUCAUCAUUCCAUUCAUUAUAAUCCAUUACAAUUAUUACAUCAAACAACAAAUAUGGCUGUCAUUUCGGAGAUUGAAGAACACGAAAAUAAAAUUGUACAUGAAUUUUGUUUAUUAUUGGAAAAAUCACGACAAUUAUUUAAUGGUUUAAGAGAUUUACCACCAUAUGGCCAUAAACAAUGGCAACCAUAUUUUGGUCGUACAUUCGAUGUAUAUACAAAACUAUGGAAAUUUCAACAACAACAUCGACAAAUAUUGGAUUCAAAAUAUGGCCUUAAACGUUGGCAAAUUGGAGAGAUUGCAUCGAAAAUCGGUCAACUCUAUUACCAUUAUUAUUUACGAACAAGCGAAACAAAUUAUUUAACGGAAGCAUUUUCAUUCUAUUCGGCCAUAAGAGCGCGUGGUUAUUAUAGUAAAGCUAGUAAAGAAGAACGUGCUGAGUUGAUGGUGAAAAAAUUACGAUAUUAUGCUCGAUUCAUUGUCGUUUGUUUAUUGCUGAAAAAGAUGAAAUUGGUUCGUGAUCUGGUUCGAGAACUUGAUAAACAAAUCGAUGAUUAUACACUCACCUAUGAUCCGGAAGAUCAACUUGAAUGGAAAUUAGUUUUGGAUGAAAUUCGUUCGUUUAUUGAGGCUGAUAAUGUACUUGCCGUGAUUAGUAUGAACAAAACGCCAUUAAUUCUAUCACAUAGAAUGACUCCAUUGAACGUACCGCCCAUGGAAAAAGUUAUGCCCAGUCAUUUAGUUUUACAAGAAAUAUUAAUUGUCGGUAAUUGUUCGGACCAGGUUAAAUUUAGUGAAUUAACAUUAGACAUGUUUCGUAUGUUACAAGCAUUGGAACGUGAACCACAAGAAGACGUCAAUCAAAUGCAUGAUACAUCACCGGCACCUGGACGAAUACCGAAUGAAAAUGGAAUGGAUUAUCGGCAAUUCAGACGUGAAAAUCCACAUAAAUAUCUACUAUUCAAGCCAACAUUUAGCCAAUUUUUAUUAUUUUUAUCGUCCGGUUUCAAAGAACUGCCUGCUAAUGGUGUACUAUUGAUUUAUCUUUCAGCCGAUGGUUGUUUUAUAAAUUCCAAACAACCCGAAGAUAUUGGUUAUGAUUUCGGUGGUGUUAUCACAAACAGUAAACUACGAGAUAAUAUGGAUCCAAACAUAUUGAAACAACGAACCAGUAGUUCAAUGGUGAAAGAGAUACAUUGCCUAUAUCCGGGUGAUUUAUAUCCAUUCGGCCGACGGCCAUUAUUCUUAAUCGUUGAUAGCGAUAAUAGUUCAGCAUUUCAACAUAUACCAAGAUAUUUUGGCCAACCAUUAGUGAUAUUAAUGUCACCGGAAGAAUAUCCGGCACCAUUUCAUGAUCAACAAUGUAAAGGUUCAUUGUUUACAUUGUUUCUUCAUUGUCCAAUUACUGCCAUUUGUUUUAUUUCAAACAUAAUUACCUUACCGAUCGUAUUGUGGGAGAAAACACAACAAAUUAUUGAUAGAUUUUUCGCUGAAGCCGGAAGAUUAUUAGUACGAUCACGAUUAACCGAUAUGGCCUAUAUUCAAUUCUAUAGUGAUGACUUUCUUCGGCUACAAAUGUUACGAUUCAUAUUCUGUUGUGUUGUCCUUCGUAUGCAUCGUCUUUUUCGGGUUCGACGAACAUACAUUCCUAAAUCUCAUCCACCAAUUCCAGAUAAUGAUAUACUUGAUGCACCAAGUUUACGACGCCUAAUACUUGAAACAUCCGUAUUGUUGGACAUACGCUCAUUAUUCACUGAUAACGACGAUGAAUGAAAUUCCAUUCAUUCAAUCUUUAUUGUUGUUUUUAUUAUUGUUGUGGUUUAAUUGUCAUUUUAAACCAUUGUGUGUGUGUGUGCGUGCGUUUGAUUUUAUUGAAGAAAAAUUCAUAAUUCAAACUUGAAAUGUUUCGUCUAUUAUAUUUUCGGCGAAUCGAUUAUGGAUGUUUGAAUUAAAUCGUGAGCUAUAUUUGGAAAUAUAGAAAGUAAUGGAGAGAAAGAAAAUCAAGAUUCAUUUCAUCUCUUGAAACAAAAUCAAACACGACAAAAUUUGAUGGUCAAUCUAAUCAAUUGAAUUCAAUGAAAAAUUUCCAGGUGUUUAAUCAUUGUCAUUGAAUAAAAACAAAGACAACAAAAUUUAUAUUUAGCAUUCAUCAUCAUACAAAAAAUAUUUAUUGAAUUUGUUGAACAGUUAUUAAUUUUUUAGUCCUGAAAAAUCACAUUACAUCCAUUAGAUUUCAACGGCAGUUUAUAGAAAAAUUCUUGUGCAACAAAAAAAAAACAACAACAAAAAUUAUCGAUCAAAACUAUAUCGAAAAAAAAUGUUAUAGUCAUUACAUAAAAAGUGAAUAUUUGUUGGUUUUAAAUUAUAAAAUAAAUAUAUAAUAAUUGUGUGCCUC